GGGGUCUCUAGGCAGGGACCCCCACAGACAGCCCAGACAGAGUAGCACUGCAUAUGGUUCUGGGAAGGCAUCCACUCUAUCCUCUGGCAAGGAUUUGGGGGGAUCUUUCCCGGUAGCCAGGACCCGCUCCUCUUCCCUCCCUCAGCUUCUUCUACAGGUCUUCAGUCUUGCCAGCUUUCCGCAUUCCUACCUCAAACUGCCCUCCUCGUCUCUGAGACGGAGCCCCCUCCACUUGCUCCCUAACCCCAGCCCUGAUCUGCCCUCCCCCUACCACCUCCGCAGCAGCCACCUGCAGACUCCACUCAGGCCAUUUUAGAGGCUCUGGUCCUUAUUGGUUGUACCUUCUCCAUCUCUGGGUCUCACUUCCCUCACUCUCUCUUAUACCCCCACCCCCCGCCCCGCCCUGCCCAGGGCCUCUCUUCCUCUCUCUGGGUCUCCCACUCUUUUUCUUUCUCUGUCUACUUCCCAUCACUAGCCAUCCUUCCGGUACCACCUUCUGUGGGGUUCUAUCUCUUUCCUGGCUGGCUGUCGUCUCUGUCUUCCUCUUCGCUUCUAUGUUCCUCUCUUCCUGGAUCCUGUUCCUCGGUCCCUUUCUCGCCUCUCAGGCACCUUCACCAGCUUCCCACCCCCACCCCCCACCUGCUGCUGUUCUCGGCAAGGACCCUCAGGAGGCACUCGGAUCCACCCAGCCCAGCCCACUUCUGCCGUCCUAGCCAAGAUUCUCCACCCCCAGCUGGCAGGGAUGGGAUAGGAUUUGUUGGAGGACUUCCUCUCCCCAGCCUGGCUCCCUUUCUCUAUACCUUGUGUCUCUCAAGUCCUGAGCUGGAUUUGAGAACCAAGCAAGGUGCACCAGCAGGAAGAACCGGGGUUUGGGGCCUCCCUUUCCACCUACCCCCUCCGGCUGUGGAGGAGGACAUCGACUUUUCCAGAUCAUUCUCAUCAGUGCGAAAGGAAGCCCUCUGUGUGUGAAGCCAUCCCCUUCCAUCCCCUUCCCUCCAGCCACACGAUACAAGUAACAGGAUUUCUGUCUGCACGGGUUUGACUGACGUGGGCAUUUCAUAUAAUCCUCCCUUCGUUAUAACUUCUGCACGCCCCUCCUCCGUCCCCGCCGACCUUCCCUUUCUCCCGCUUCGCCCCGCUCUCGUCGCUCCCUUUGCCCUCCCCUCCCACCCCUGCAGUUGGGCUCCCGGAUCCGCAGCCUGGCGUCCCGGUGCGCACCAUGCGGGCCCUGCUGCUGCUCGGGACCGUCGCGCUGCUGGCCUCCGCCACGGGCCCGGCCGGGGCGCGCCCAUCCAACGACACGAGCGCCGCGGCCCCGGGCCCGCUGCCUGCGCUCCUCGCGCACCUGCGGCGCCUAACCGGGGCUCUGGCGGGCGGCGGGAGCGCGGCGGGCACCGGCGCCAACGCCACCAAGACCAGCCCCGCGGGUGGCGCGGGCGCGGCGGCACGGGCGCCCCCUCCGGCCGAGCUCUGCCACGGCUACUACGAUGUCAUGGGCCAGUACGACGCCACCUUCAACUGCAGCACCGGCUCCUACCGCUUCUGCUGCGGCACCUGCCACUACCGCUUUUGCUGCGAGCACCGCCACAUGCGCCUGGCGCAGGCCUCCUGCUCCAACUACGACACGCCACGCUGGGCCACCACGCCUCCGCCUCUAGCCGGAGGCGCCGGGGGCGCAGGGGGUGCGGGCGGGGGGCCGGGGCCGGGCCAGGCAGGGUGGCUGGAAGGGGGCCGGGCCGGGGGCGCGGGGGGACGUGGGGGCGAGGGCCCCGGGGGCAGCACCGCGUACGUGGUGUGCGGAGUCAUCAGCUUCGCCCUGGCGGUGGGCGUCGGUGCCAAAGUGGCCUUCAGCAAGGCGUCGCGUGCGCCCAGAGCGCACCGGGAGAUCAAUGUGCCCAGAGCUCUGGUGGACAUUCUGAGACAUCAGGCAGGACCUACAACCCGUCCAGACCGGGCUCGAAGUAGUUCUCUGACCCCGGGGCUAGGAGGCCCAGAGAGCAUGGCCCCCAGGACGCCCAAGAACCUUUACAACACCAUGAAGCCCUCCAACCUUGAUAACCUGCACUACAACGUCAACAGCCCCCAGCACCGCGCUGCCACACUGGACUGGCGAGCCAUGCCACCACCCAGCCCCUCCCUGCACUAUUCCACGCUGUCCUGCUCGCGAUCCUUCCACAACCUCUCGCAUCUUCCCCCGUCCUAUGAGGCUGCUGUGAAGUCAGAACUGAAUCGCUACUCCUCUCUCAAGAGAUUGGCUGAGAAAGAUCUGGACGAAGCCUACCUGAAGCGCAGACAUCUGGAGAUGCCCCGCGGGACACUGCCCUUGCAUGCCCUCCGGCGGCCUGGCACUGGAGGUGGCUACCGCAUGGAUGGCUGGGGUGGUCCGGAGGAGCUGGGCCUGGCACCGGCCCCCAACCCCCGGCGGGUUAUGUCCCAGGAGCACCUGCUGGGUGACGGUGGCCGGGCUCGCUAUGAGUUCACAUUGCCUCGAGCCCGUCUGGUGUCCCAGGAACACCUGCUGCUGUCCUCACCAGAUGCUCUUCGCCAGAGCCGUGAGCACCUGCUGUCACCCCCACGAAGUCCUGCGCUGCCCCCAGAUCCCACCACCCGGGCCAGCCUGGCUGCCUCACACUCCAACCUGCUGCUGGGGCCUGGGGGGCCCCCCACACCACUGCAUGGGUUGCCUCCGUCGGGCCUGCAUGCGCACCAUCACCAUGCCCUUCACGGCUCUCCUCAGCCAGCCUGGAUGUCCGAUGCAGGCGGGGGUGGGGGCACACUGGCCCGCAGGCCACCCUUCCAGCGCCAGGGCACCCUGGAGCAGCUUCAGUUCAUCCCCGGCCACCACCUGCCACAGCACCUGCGUACUGCCAGCAAGAACGAAGUGACUGUCUGAGGCCAGGGUUGAGCGCGGGGGGCUGUGGCUUCUGAGGCCCCCUCCUCCCAGCCCAGCCCUCCAUCACAGGCUUAUCACACACACCAAGGGUCUGAGGCCAGAUGGGCCCUUGGGUCGGAGACCACACUUCCUUUUGGGAUGUCACAGUAGAUGAGAUCUCUCCUCCUACUUUGUCACUGUUUGAACCAAGGCCUCCUUCCCAUGAUGUCAUCACAGAGGAAGAGGUCUGCACACGAGGUCAUCGCUAGCAAAUAUGUCUGUGUUCUAACGAUGUUGUUGCAGGGACUAAACCUCCUUCCUAUGAGGUCGCCACAGAGGAAGAGGCCUGCCCGUGAGGUCGUCGCCAGAGGCUGCGUCCAUUUUGCAUGACAUCACCACAGAGACUCCUUUCCUGUGAUGUCACCACAGACAAUGCCUUGUCCCAUCCCAUCGUCCCUAGAAACAAAGAUUUCUUGCUGCGAUGUCACUACAGAGACAAGUCUCACACAUUUCUCCAGACUUCUUGGUAUCAUCCCGAGCACCAAGGCCUCUGGGAAUUGCCAUCACAGGAAAAAAUGUUUCUCUGCUAUGGAGAAGACGCCUCCAUCCCAUGAUGCCAUGACCACGGACAAAGCCAUUUUCCUGGGACACAUUGCAGAGGACCAUACCUGCCAUUUGUGUCCUCAAUAAAGAUUAGGCCUCCUUCCCACAAUGCCGUCACAGGAUUUUGCCUCCCUCCUGUGAUGCAAAUCACCAGAAUAGGUGCCUUGCCCGAUGGCGCCAUCACAGGGACCAUGCCUCUUCAUGUGACGUCAUUACCAGAAAUGACCACCUGUUACGGGGACCUCUACAGGACGAGGUCCUUCUGGGGUGUGACCACCAGUUACCACCCACUUGGAAAUGACACCCGGAGACACUCCUAUUGCUGUGCCCUUUUGUGAGGAAAUCGGGCACGUCCAGCCCAAGACCACUUGGGAAGAUGCCAGAGAAAGUAACUUUUCCUACGAUGUAAUAUGAGCGUGACAGCAGUCGGGAUGCCAAGACAAUGGCCUGUCUGUAGGAGGCUGGUGAUGAUGCCCUCCGUUGCUUGGACAUCAUCACAACGAGUUUCCUUCUCAGAGGUGGUCCCCGCUCCAGAUGACCACCAGUAAUUGCAUCAUCAGAGCCCUUGUCUUGCUUAAGCCCUGUAACUUAGCUCCAUGGCUUGUUCCCAUGAUCCCAGGGACGCAGCCAACAGGAUGUCUACCAGUGCCUCUAAAGGAAGGUUGGGCCUGUGCGGUGAGUCCUUGGGGAUGGCACCCAUGGAUGAGCUUCAGCUCCGAGGAGGCUACCUUGAUCCAUGAGGCCUCUAACAUCCUGGGACUCACAGGUGGGCCAAAGGCUGGCAUCACUUCUUUCUGCCAUAUCUAAAGACAUCAACUCUGUCAACAGAGUCCCCGUCUCCUCUUGGAGGGGGAGGGUUGGGGUGUAUGUGCUGCUGACCUUGCCAAUGACAUCAUCAACGCUACCCAGUGUCCCCCUUUCAUGAUGGCAUAGCAGUUGGGGUCCAGUGUUAACCAUGUCAUUUCCCAGGAUUCCGUAAGACUCAACUAGCAUCUAUCAUCAUCUACCAGGAAUUUAUCACCACUAAUGGCGUCACCAUUGUCUCCCAAGAUUCCUCACAACCAUGGUGUAAUCAUCUCCCAGGAUCCACGUAACAUGUUGUCAUGGCCAUCUCCCAUGAUCUACCACAACGUGUCGUCAUGAUGUGCCAGGAUCCACCACAAACACGUUCUCAUCACCUCCCAGAAUCCAUCACAACAUGCUCACCUCAUCGUCUCCCAGGAUCCAUCAGAACCAUGCUGUGCUCAUCUCUCAGGAGCCACUGCAACCACGGUGUUUUUGUCUCCCUGGUUGUGCCGUGACCAGUGAUGUCCUUACCUUCCAAAAUCCAUGAUGCCUCAUGGUGGCGCUCUCUAAGAGAACUUGCUGGGGCUGGAAGUGCCAGUGUUCCUCGGAAUUCCUUAUAAUGGCAGCAUUAUCAUCUCCCAGAAUCCACUCUACCCAUGUCCUCAUGUCUCAGUAGCCACCACAGCUAUGAUGAUGUCACCACCUCAUAAAAUCCACUCCUCUGUGGUGUCCUUGGAUUCAUGCAACCAUGUACCAUCCCAUCCUGGGGUCCACCUAAUAGUGUCACGGUUAUGAUCUACAAGAAUCCAUGAGAGUCAUGGUAUCAUCCCCCGCCAGGUCCCGCUUCAGUUGUGUCCUAUCAUGAUCCAUCAAGAUUUCCUGUAACCAUGGUGCCAUCACCUCCAAUCAGCCAUAAUACCCAAGGAUGUCUUCAUCUCCCAGGACCCAUGUUAACCCCAGUGUCUCCAUGAUCUAGGGUCCCUGAGGUCCAGUGAUAUCAUUAUCCUCGGGGUCUAUCAUAACCAUGGUGUUAUCACCUCCCUGGAUCCAUGCCAACAAAUAAUGCCAUCCUUUCCCAGAGUUCACUUCAGUCAUGGUGUCACCGCCUCCCAGAAUCCACGUUAAAACUAAGUGUCAUCCUCAUCUUCCAGGACCCAUGGCGCCCGUGUGCUGUCUGCCAGGAUCCACCAUCUUAGGGUCCAAAUGCUGUGACAGGCUGUAUAUUUCAAUUGUCCUCUGGGGUCUCAUGGCAUUUCCAGUUCCUCCCUUCAGGGGAGCCAGCACAACAGGCCAUUUCCCACCCCCUCCCAUGGACUAGGGAGGAGCCCGCUGUCUCCCUCUCAUCAUGUCACCCCCCCACACACUCUGGCCCUUCUUGAUUAUGCCACUGCCUCAGUCCUGAUCUGAAAAGAUACCCGGGUCAGCUUCACCUACAGACUUGGCCUGGGCCAGCCUCCUCCACCCACUGGUGAGCGCAUCCAAACACUCCCUUGUCACAUCACCACUGUCCCUCACCCAGCCAUCUGAUCGGUGACAGGGUCAACCUAGUGACCUCUCCACAGCGGGAGCGGAAGCGGGGCUUCCCAGCCCUUGGAUGGCAUUACUGCCCUACCUAUGCCACUCGAUCCCUGUUCCUUGGACCCCACCAGGAUCAGAACUCCCUAGCUUGGGCCUAAUCCUCUUUAGAGAGUCUUGGCCCGUGGGAAGAUGCCACAGCUGAUAAACCACUUGCUGGCCAGUUCCUGGGGUGGGUUCACCUGAGAGCAAUGGCCCCUGUUACCCUCUCCUGCAAAGGCCAAGGGUGCUCCUUCAUCCCUUUCCCUACCGUACCAGGGAGUACCCAGGGGCUUCAGGGAGUCCCUAACACCCAGUGCACAAUCUGACCCCACCACACACAGUUUUCUGUACAUAAAUAUAGCCAUGUUUCAAGGGGGCGGCCAUUCCCCACUCUUAAAGGGCUACAUGUCCCCCUCCCAGCCCCCAAGGCGAGGAGGGGGGCUCUUCUCCCUCCUCUGGGCCGCCCUCUCCCUCUUAUAUCCUCUUUCCCCACCAAAUAUUGGCCUCUGUGCUCAUCCCUUCUCGCCAAGAGCCUGGAUGGGAUAGAUGGUGUCAGGCUCCCGCACACUGAGGAAAGUAGGGGGUUACCGCCAAUCCUCCUCAGCUCCUGCACCAGGUUUUCAGUCUCCCGCUAAUAGACGUUCCGUGGGCACCCCCAUCCAUUCUAGGGCCUCCCUUCAAGCGCGCUUAACACUCCCACGGAACACACAGCUUUCUUCAGCCCCCAGCAUUGGAGGGGUUUGGGGAGCCUUCAGUUUCUAUUUGCCCGUUCUCUCCCUCCAUCCUAACCUGGAUUCCUUCCUGGGAUCUGCCCUCCCCCUAGUCUCCAGCCUCCACCCACCUGCCUGACCCUGGAGCCUUGGCCUCUUAUCUCAAUAAAGCCAUAGUGGGGAGAGGUCUUGAGGGUGGGUUAGCAGGCGCUAUUCUGCUCAUCCCCCCCACUACCACCACAAUGCUUCCAGAGCUGAGACCCGGCCUUCUGAGUCUUCCCCCUGCUCCCCAGUAAACACACAGACACACGGGCAGGGCGCACACCACUGUGCAGGAAAGCAUCUCCCCUUCUGGGUGGAGGCUGCAGAGGAGAUGUCAGAGACAAGAUCGGAAGUGCCGCACCAGAGGACCCUCCGCACCUCUGAAUCCCAUCCUUACUCCCGUCCCGACUCUUCCUUCCAGUGCUGAACCCACCUUCAACUUCCUGGUGAGGACAGCAAGAAGAGCUGGCACUUGGGGUGGGGUGGGGCUGGGGGUGUUUUUUUGUUUUGGAAUAAACAGCUGUUUUUCCUGA